AUGAAGUUUGAAGACUUUAGUUGUUAUAUCUUCUUCUCUUGGUCAAGAAACCUGCCCCAUUGGAAUCCACCCCAGCUUUCCGCUUUGAAUGCUUAUUACCAAGGAGAUCGAGAAAAGUUUCAUAAUCAGUGUCCAAACGGAUAUCAGUUCAAAUUUAAACAGUCGUUUAAGCGUGCUGUUAAUCAUUUAGUUGGUAAUAGUAACCAGUGUAAAGAUCCGAAUGACUGUUCGGCCGAAAACUUAAAGGAACAGAGUCAACAGAUCGUGUAUUUGAAACGAAAACAGGCAUCGCUCCAGUGGGGUUAUAAAUUUUUUGAUUCUGGAAAACUUACCGGUAAGACUGAACAUCACAAAUUCAACGAUUUCAAACUUAGACAUUUCGAAGAAUUCGAAAAAGAAUUACAAAGAGAGUUCGAAGGUGAUGGUUCCAGCGCGCCGACCCAAUCAGGGAGUAAAGUUGACAGCAAGGUCAACAGUGGAGAUUCUUCCGAAAGGAGGAAGUCAAACACUCCAUCAGCAGCUGAAUGUUUGAAAAGGACUUUAUCCUACGCUGUCUACGACUUCCAUUGGGAAAGUCCAGACAUCACAUCUCCUGUCAGGAAGAUCGGAAGGAGUAGUAUUCGGUCUUCCAGAAAACACAGUGCCGUUGUUUCAAGUGAGAUUUCUCCACACAACCUAGUCUUUCUUUUCCAGAAAUGUCCGACAUCUAAAAUGGAAUUCAAAGACUUCGCUGCUAAACUUGUUGUUGAUUCAGAAGUGUUUUUAGACUCGUUCAUGCCUCCGGCUCUGUUUAGAGAAUUUCAAGUAAAUCGAAACCUAUCACUUUAUUGGGUUGACCAAGAUUGGUUAAAGCAUGAGGAAAAGAUCUCCAGCGAAAUUGGUGUGAAAUAUCUGGUUCAAGAACACCUCUGUAACAAGAUAUUGACUGGGAAAGAGAGUUUAGUCUCAUAUUCCGUUGGGUAA